AUGAAUAAACUGGAACUUGAUGCACAAUGUUUAAUUCGUGCACUAAAAUAUUUUUCUAAAGAUAACAGUGCAACACUCUCUGAAAAUGACUGCAAAAAAAUUUUUAAUAAAAUCCUUUCUCAAGAUUUAAAUGAUGAAAACAUAAGGGAGAUAAUAAAAAAUAUAAAAGCAGAUAUAAAAUGGAAUAAACUUAAUUAUGUUGAAAAUUUUAUGUUAAGUCCUUCUAUAUUACAUAUAUUAAUAAAUAAACAACUAAAAAAACAUGAAUUGGAAAUUAUAUUUAAAGAUUUCUUUAAAUGUAUACAAACAAAUAAUGUAAUAAAUACAAAUGAUUUAAAAAGAUUUUUACGAUUAUGCAAUAUUAAUAUUUCACAAGAUUCAUUGUUAUAUUUAUGUAAAGUUUAUUUAAAUUUAGAAGAUGCAAAUCAAUCUGCAGAUUACAAUGCAUUUGUUAAUAUGAUGAAGAAGUAUUUAACGUCGUAA